CCACAGUGUAGAAGUCCUCCUCCGAGUCUACCUCCGCAAGUCCACGUGGGCAUGGAAUAGAUGAUCAAAAGUGAGAAUAAAGAUCCAGCGAACUCGGAGCACUCAAAAGGCACUCCGGUACUCAGAAGCACAACUUAAGGGGCGGAAACUGAGCGCAGGAGAAGUACAACGGAAUUCAUUCAACGUGAGGGGUCGCAGGCCCUUGACUGCGAACGAACAGCCUUGGUCGUUGAUUUCCUCGGGGCCGCCAUUGAGUGCGUGACCAUAUAUAUCGCGAUCCUGACAACCUCCCAUUAGAGAAGAAUCAUGGAGGAUAAGAUUGCACAAGUCAGCCUUGAUACAUUCCUGCGGGAAUUCGUGCCUGGGCCCGACCUUCCUCCCGGCGCCACCAUAGAAGGCUUUUGCACCACAGAAGCUAUCAGUACAGAAAGCACGGUGUAUGGCAGACUGUGUGAGGCGGCGAACUCCGUUUUCAACCGCGUCCCCGCCGAGGCAGGCGGUCAGAGGCUUGUAGCCGAGGACACGCACCGUUGGGUUGAUCUUACGGACGAAACGGAUGGCACUUUAAGAACGUCUCCUGGCGUGAUCGUUUAUCCCGUCAACGAAGAUGCAAUAAAGGCGUAUACAAUCGAGGCAGCGAUGCCUAAUCAGAGGCGGCCACGCAAGAGGCAACGCUGCGAGGCAACGGAAGCAAGGGCGGCGUGGUUCUGGGUGUCCCUGUUGCUACAUGCAAAGGUCGAUCCGGACGAUUCUCCGUUCGCGAUACCUGAUUCGGCGCAGGAGGCGAGUUCUCAGACGACCUCAACGCAGGGCAUAGCUACCCUCGUACCACCGCCACCUGCGGUUCCAACUAUGGUGACAGCAAGUGCCGGCGCAGACCUUCCGCCUUCGUUCCUGCGUCUUAAGACGACAGGCGGUGCCACGCGAACAGUGAGACAGUUGACCGACUGUGUAGCGAAGGUGCUACAGAGACAGUUCCUGCUCUGGUUCUUCACGGUCUUCGUCUGCCGCGAUCAUGCUUGGCUGCUCCGCUGGGAUCGCAUGGGACUCGUUGUAUCCGAGCCCUUCAACUUUGUGCAGCAGCCACACGUCUUGCACAACUUUCUCCACCGGUUCGCCUGUAUGAGUGACUUGCAGCGAGGUCGUGACCUCACAGUGGUACCGGCGAGCGAGGAAGAGGCCAAACGCAUGCGCUGUUUCACCAAAUUUGACUCGCCGUCGGACUGGCGCAAGAUCCCAUUUGCGACUGCGCUAGCACCGGGAUGGCCGAUUUACAAGAUUUCCGUACCAGAAGACGAUAUGAUAUCGGCAGCUCAGCUGAAGAAGGACACGAAAGAGCCGCAAGAUACGUCCAAGCCGUCGAGCGGACGUAUGCGCGGGUUCCUUGUGGGGAAGCCGUCUUUCACGAACACAUCGGUGACCGGACGGGCGACGAAAUGCCACAUUGCGUACGACAUUUCUGAAGACCGGCUAGUCUUCUGCAAGGAGUAUUGGCGUACAGACACGCCAACGUCGCAUCCGGAGGGAGAUGUGUACCUGCGCCUGCACAGCAAGAACGUGAGUUUCAUUGCGACGCCAAUCGCAGCCGGUGAUGUUCGCAACAAGUACGGCACGGUGCAUCACACGCGCGCUCAGGAGUUCACUGGAGAAUCGGACCGGAUGCUUGUUCAAUAUCGGCUCAUUCUGAAGGAAAUUGCGCAGCCCCUGAAGGAGUACACGAACUCCCUUCACUUGGUACAGAUGGUGUACAGCUAUCUGCGAGCGCACGAAGAAGCGUGGCUAGAGGCUGGAGUCUUGCAUCGAGAUAUCAGCGGAGAUAACCUCAUGAUAUACUGGUACUUUGAGAACGGGCAGUCGAAAUGUAAGGCGUUGUUGGUCGACUGGGGCCUUUGCAAGUACCGUGAAGAGAUGGACAAACCAGUUGUCAGGAAAAAUCGCUCCGGUACUUGGCAAUUCAUAUCCGCUGUGUUGCUGGUCUACCCAGGAACAUUUGCCCACGAGGUGUGGCACGAUUUGGAGUCGUUUAUUCACGUCCUACACUGGAUGUGUCUGCGAUUUCAUAUCACGGAUGCUUCGGCGGACAUCAAGAAUCUGAUCAACCACGUCAGUGCGAUUUACGACCAUUCUCAUAAAAACGCCAGUGGGUCAUCUGUGGGCGGUUACCAGAAGCUCAGGAUCAUGCAAAACGGCGAUGUACCAUUUCGGCUUAUUGGAGGAUCUGCUGGAUUGCAAACUCCCGGCCUCCACCGACUCUUCCUUGCGCUUGCAGCUCUGUACAAGGAACAGUACAAGUGGUUGGAACCGCAACUACAUAGAUUGAUCUCGAUACCAGCCGAGUCGCAGAAGGAUGCGCCGCCUCAGGUUCAACAGUCACAGGUCACCAUGCCGUCCCGGAGGUUGCCAGCGCGCGUCAAAGGACAACUCGUAGUAGAAGUCGUCCCUGCUCAGCCUGUCCUCAAUGAUCACAUUAGAUUCGCGGAAGCUCUCGAGCAGGCACUGUUUUCGGAGUCAAAUCCUUGGACCGACGACGAGAAGACGAUAGACCAAUUCGCGUACGAUAACAGUGUAAUGAAACAACACAUGUGGAUGUCGAGGGAGGCUUCCAGGCGAUCUCCCGAAGAGGAAAUCUCCGUCAAAGACAAAGCCAGGAAGCGCGUAAGGAGCGGUACCCACACGGUGCCCUGGAGCACGUCGUCCGCGUCCCAACUGGGUUCCAAAGCUGGACUUGAUUUAGAAACGUAGCGCAUAACUUAAACGUCGGUGUCCGUGUGUUGUCGAGAAGGUUACUCGUCCCGUAUUGGUCGCUGUUGUACGCUACCAAGUAGUAUUGUUGUGUUGCCAAGCCACUGGUGGUCGAAGAAUGUCGUGUCAGUUUGUUUGUAUUACUGCAGAUGACUGAAGUCCCGAAGUCCGAGUAUGUCGGAUUCAAGGCGGAUUCUUGGUGGCUUAUUGAUACUAUGAGG